CGAAAUAGCACACAGAAGAGACAUGAGCACUUCCAGCAUUUACAGCACAUUUGGAUCCCUUUUCCCCAACAACUUUUCUCUGCGUGAAAACCUCCAUAACAACUGGACCUUUAAUGACCUGACGCCUUUCUCCAUCGACUUUCUUUUUGCUGGACAUGAACCGGACACCAUAGUUUUAAUGGUAAUGUACGUGAUCUCUUUCCUAACCGGACUGGUGGGAAAUAUUCUGGCUCUGUUGGUGCUGACGCGCAGGAGGAAUCGCUUAUCGGGAGCUUCAGCCACCAGGAGACUGCUGAUCAAUCUGGCGUUGUGUGACAUGAUGGUGGUGUGUGUCUGUAUGCCAGUGAAUUUAGGACAUCAGGUGUAUAACGCCUGGGUGUUUGGAGACUUUCUGUGCCGGGCCGUGCCGUUCGUUCAGGCUGCGUCCGUCUCCGCCAGUGUAUUGAGUCUGGCUGUGAUCAGUCUGAACAGAUAUUACAGUGUCCACAGUCCACUGCACGCCAGGUCUUUCUUUACGUGCAGGAAAAUGACAUGCAUGAUAUCUAUGGUGUGGAUUGUGUCAUCCGCACUGUGUUUGCCGUUGGUUUUCAUGAACGUAACCAAGACGCUUUCCAUACUGGAAGGCAUGCACGCGGUGACCGUGUGCGUGGAGAACUGGUCCAAAGUCAAACUGCGCCAAGGUUAUAACUUUUUACUCUUCUGCUCAUUGUACGCAUUGCCUGUGGUUUUUAACCUUGUCAUCUGUUUCCUGACCGGUUGGAAAUUAAGCAGAAGUGACACAACAUCAGCACCAGCACAGUCCAACGCGCUCGCGCUCACGCGUUCGGUAUCGCGCACGAAGACGCGCAGGAGAAUCACCAAGAUGGUUUGUGCGCUUGUUCUCCUUUUCACGUUUUCCUGGCUGCCACUAUAUGUUGUAGACAUCUGGAUCGACUCCAGCAUAUCCAGUUUUCCAGAUGAAAACGACGAUGCUGGUCAUCGUUGGAUUCUUCGGGGCAGACCGUUUGCGCAAUGGCUUGGUCUCACCAACUCAUCCAUCAAUCCUCUCUGUUACUGCUUUGUCGGAAACUUGUACAGAUCCGCCAAAAAGAUCAGAAGGAGCUACAGAGAGAAGAUUUCGUCUAUUUUAAGCCUCACAGAUAGGUCUUCAUCUUCAGUUAGCACAUCUGUCUCUAAAGUACAGCAACACAACUCUUCAUCGACUCGUGUUCAGACAUCAGAAGAUGUACACUGCAAAAAAUGACUUUCUUACUUAGUAUUUUUGUCUUGUUUUCAGUACAAAUAUCAAAAUUUCCCUAAAUCAAAAUGUAUUUUCUUGAU